AUGACAAAGUCUCGGACCUCCAGGGGUGGGACCGGGUGGUGGGGCGAAUUCAGGCCGAGGAAGGGCUCUCCCGGCCCGGCCACGGCCACCGGAGGCCUCCCCCCCUGGAUCUGACAAAGUGUCGGGCCUCCAGGGGUGGGACCGGGUGGUGGGGCGAAUUCAGGCCGGGGAGGGCUCGCCCGGCCCGGCCGCAGCCACCGGAGGCUCCCCCCCUGGAUCUGACAAAGUGUCGGACCUCCAGGGGUGGGACCGGGGGGUCGGCCGAAUUCAGGCCGGGGAGGGCUCGCCCUGCCCGGCCGAAGCCACCGGAGGCUCCCCCCCUGGAUCUGACAAAGUGUCGGACCUCCAGGGGUGGGACCGGGGGGUCGGCCGAAUUCAGGCCGGGGAGGGCUCGCCCUGCCCGGCCGAAGCCACCGGAGGCUCCCCCCCUGGAUCUGACAAAGUGUCGGACCUCCAGGGGUGGGACCGGGGGGUCGGCCGAAUUCAGGCCGGGGAGGGCUCGCCCUGCCCGGCCGAAGCCAACGGAGGCUCCCCCCCCCCCUGGAUCUGACAAAGUGUCGGACCUCCAGGGGUGGGACCGGGGGGUCGGCCGAAUUCAGGCCGGGGAGGGCUCGCCCUGCCCGGCCGAAGCCAACGGAGGCUCCCCCCCCUGGAUCUGACAAAGUGUCGGACCUCCAGGGGUGGGACCGGGGGGUCGGCCGAAUUCAGGCCGGGGAGGGCUCGCCCUGCCCGGCCGAAGCCACCGGAGGCUCCCCCCCCUGGAUCUGACAAAGUGUCGGACCUCCGUGGGUGGGACCGGGGGGUCGGCCGAAUUCAACCCGAAAAGGGCUCUCCCGGCCGGGCCGCGGCCGCCGGAGGCUCCCCCCGUGAAUUUGACAAAGUGUUGGACCUCCGGGAGGGGGACCGGGCGGUGAGCAAAAUGUGUCCGGGAAAGGGCCACUUUAGCCCUGCCUUAAUCGGCGCAGCGACCCGCUGUCCCAUACGACCGAGCCUUGGACCUCCGUGGGGGCGGUGGGACCGGGGGGUCGGCCGAAUUCACACCGAGAAGGGCUCUCCCGGCCGGGCCGCGGCCGCCGGAGGCUCCCCCCGUGAAUUUGACAAAGUGUUGGACCUCCGGGAGGGGGACCGGGCGGUGAGCAAAAUGUGUCCGGGAAAGGGCCACUUUAGCCCUGCCUUAAUCGGCGCAGCGACCCGCUGUCCCAUGCGACCGAGCCUUGGACCUCCGUGGGGGCGGUGGGACCGGGGGGUCGGCCGAAUUCACACCGAGAAGGGCUCUCCCGGCCGGGCCGCGGCCGCCGGAGGCUCCCCCCGUGAAUUUGACAAAGUGUUGGACCUCCGGGAGGGGGACCGGGCGGUGCGCAAAAUGUGUCCGGGAAAGGGCCACUUUAGCCCUGCCUUAAUCGGCGCAGCGACCCGCUGUCCCAUACGACCGAGCCUUGGACCUCCGUGGGGGCGGGGGGACCGGGAUUUGGGCCGAAAUACCCCCUGGGAGGUACCCUCCCGGCCGUGCCGCAGCCGCCGGAGGCUUCCCCCGUGA